AUGGCUAUCAAAUUAGACAUGAGUAAAGUAUAUGACAGAGUUGAAUGGAGGUUUUUGUGGUUCAUUAUGGGCAAACUUGGUUUUGGAACAAGGUGGAUUGACUGGAUUCGUGAACUUGUAUCAACUGUUUCUUAUUCUGUUAUUGUGGAAGGACAACCCUUUGGCUAUUUUAAGCCAGAAAGAGAGGAUAACUGUGACAACAUUCUUAACUUGCUAAACUCAUAUGAAGGAUUUAGUGGUCAACAGAUCAAUUUGGAUAAAUCAGCGGUAUUUUUUAGUAAUAACACUCCUCCCCCCAUUCGAGCUCUUGUGGCAGGCAAACUAAAUAUCCACCAUAGUGGAGCUCAGGACAAAUAUUUAGGGCUUCCUUCUCUUAUUCACAAGUCCAAAAGAGAAACCUUUAGUGAAAUUGAGGAGAAGGUUAACGGAUGGCAGCGAAAUUUAUUAUCAUCAGGAGGCAAUCAGGUUUUAUUAAGAACAGUUGGUAAGACAGUGCUAGUUUAUACACUCUAUUGCUUUAAAUUACUGGACACUUUACUGUCUGAAAUCCACAGUAUUUUGACAAAUUUCUGGUGGGGUCAAAGAGGUAAUGAAAGGCGUAUGGCCUGGAUCAGCUGGAACUAA